GGCGUUGUAUAUUGAUCUGGGCGAGUUCACCCUCCGGGGGUGGUUUCUUCAGUAUCGACCUCAGUCUACAGUCACCCUCUGACCAUGGACGGCUACGGAGGAGAUCCGGGGUCAAUCCCCAUCAACCAGCCGGGUAUCCGACCAAAGGUUGAUCCGGAGGCCCUCGGGGAAGUCGACCCGAACCUCUACCCACAACCAAAGGAGGCCACGCACAAGAUCCGCGGCAAAUCCGACAUCAUCGAACUGCUGUGCGGAGAUGUGGAUCAAGAACUAUUGACCGUAAAAACGUUCUAUUUCUUUUUCUAUUCCGCGUUCGGUUCUCUUUUUCCGCUCAUGGGUGUGUAUUUCAAGCAGAUGGGGAUGAAUCCGGGCCAGUGUGGACUUUUAAUCGGUUCUAGGCCUUUUGUAGAAUUUUUGGCAGCGCCAUUUUGGGGGAGUCUUGCGGACAGGUGGCAAAAAGGUAAGAUGCUGUUGCUAGCAUCUCUGUCAUGUUGGAUCAUCUUCACUCUUCCACUUGGGUUCAUCCAACCACCUCCAACAUCCUGUCUGGUCAAGAAGAAUCAUACUGAGUACGUCCUGGAAACACCAAAAAUACCACGAAUACUCAAGCGAGAGGCAGGAGAGUACGAGCCGCAUCACCACGCACCUCACUGGAUAGAGCCUGAGAUCCCUAUACAGAGUGUAGAGGAGGAGGAGCCUCUAGUGCGCAACAUACGUUCAGCCAAGCCUCACGUGUACGCUGGCAUGUCACCUCUCGACAUCCGGUUUGUCAAGAACUACAAUGAGAAGGAACAGGGCAACUGGGUGUCCCCAAUUUUUAGCUCCAUCGUUUAUCGUACACAGGAUAUACAAAAAGCCUUCUUCCUCCUUCUGCUACUCGUGGUGAUUGGAGAGUUCUUCAGUGCUCCUGCCAUCACUCUUGCUGACUCGGCAGUUAUCACUCUGUUGGGGGAAGAUGCUGAUCGCUAUGGACAUCAGCGUAUGUUCGGCUCCCUGGGCUGGGGUCUCGCCAUGUUUUUUGUAGGUAUUGCUCUGGACCACUCAACAGCCUUUCCCGACCAUCCUUGCGGACCCGACGAGAGGGAGAAGAACUACACUAUAUGUUUUGCGACGUUCUCUGUCCUCAUGGGAGCGGCUCUCAUCUGUGCUACUCAGAUCAACUUCAAGUACGACUUUCCGUCAGAAGCUCCUGAGAUAGAGAAGCCUCCCCCUGAGCCUACCAGGGAGGACUACCUGCAGCAGGAGUUGGCUCAACAACUUAACCUUCCGGCCUUGGCCACUAACAGUAUCAACCAACCUCCGCCUGCCACCACCAAGACCCAAAUGUUCGCACAGACAACCCGAGAGAUCCCAGAGUGGGUUACGGUUCUCAAAUACUUUGCAAAUGUCAAGUGUGGAUCCUUCCUGUUUGUCUCCUGGUUCAUGGGAUUCGGGAUAGGACUUAUUUUCACAUUUCUCUUUUGGCAUUUACAGGAUUAUGGAGGAUCUCCAACUCUGUUCGGUGUAGCGUCUGUCAUUAACCAUAUUUCUGAGAUAUUUGCUUAUUUCUUCAGCUUUCGGUUGAUAACUCAGAUGGGACAUGUCAAGGUGCUUUGCCUUGGCUUGGUAGGAAAUGUGGUACGAUUCCUGUAUAUAUCAUAUCUGAAAAAUCCAUGGUGGGUCUUACCCUUUGAAUUCAUGCAAGGUAUCACACAUGCUGCAGUAUGGGCAGCCUGCUGCUCAUACAUCGCUCACAACACUCCGCAGCAUCUACGCAGCUCUGCACAGGGUGUGCUGCAGGGCAUCCACCACGGUCUGGGACGGGGCUGCGGGGCCGUCAUUGGUGGACUCUUUGUCACUUACUUCGGAACUACUGCCACUUUCAGAGGUUAUGGCUUAUGCUGUGCCAUUGUCUUGGCAGCAUUUAUCUUUAUCAACUUUUACCGAAUUGACACAGGCUUUGUAUCUGAACUUCCUCAAACUGAAGAUCCACAUCAGGUAGCAGAAGAGACGGCUCACCUGGCUCCUCACGGAGUCCCCAGCAACCCGAUACCUCGAGCAUUGUCAAGCACUCGACUGCACGACAUGGCCAAUGACCCUGGCUAUGGCGCGACCUACAACACCUCUGGCGGCAACCUAGACAUUCCUGGCGCUCAUCCUGGCAACAUGGGCGGAGGUGGCGGGACUAAUCCAUUCAGACAAUACAGUGAUUUUAAUGACUAUCAACCGAGCAACAGGGACAUUAGUGAUGAAGAAUCUAUCAAGAGACAUUUCCAGAUGUACAGUGAAGUGCUGACUCAGUAUGAAGGAAAAUCUCCUCCAAUCACAUCGCUUCACACUCAGCAACCAACCCACUCUCACCGAAACUACGAUUGGUGAACUUGUUGUGUACAGAUUUGACUGUAUAUAUUGUUGUUUUCUAAGUGUAUGUAAUGUGCUUUAGUUUACUCUCCACUGUAAGUAAAUUGUAUAUCCUGAGUUAAACUUGUGACUUAAAAAGAUUAGCGACUACCGAGCAUUAUAUUUGUCUUGUGCAAACUGUAAACUGCUUAGAAGUAUUUAUAUGUACAGGAUAAAUACCUACUACAAUGCUUUUAACACUUAACAAUUUUGUUCUUUAAAUAUUGAACAAAAUAUUAUUUGUAAUAAAAAGAGUAUCUAAUAAAAAAAGAUACUUUACGCCACACUACAUUAUUUUGACGAACUUCCCACGCAAGGAUUUAGUCCAGAAAACAGCUGUUUGCCGCCAGCUUAUUCAAAUGGGGUUUCAUUGCGUAAUACUGUUCUGCAAUGAGUUUUACCGGACACCAAUCAGCUGAUUAUACUGUAUUUGCGUGGCAAUGAUUGGUUAUAAACAAAAACAUAACCUCUCUUAGAGGUUUACUCAUUUAGUUUAGUCAUUUAGUUGGUGGAAAUAUAUAAGGAUUUGUACAAAUUAAGUAGUAUGGCGUAAACUAUCGUACGUAACUCGUCCAAAAUGUGUGUACCGGACUUGUAUGGUAAUCCCGUACUCGACUUCGUCUCGCACGGGAACGACCACACUCGUCCGGUAAACAUUUAUUUUCAGAACUAGUAACGUAAUAUACUAUUUCCAUACAUAACAUGAAAGUUUUACAGUAGAUUUUCUUUCAUUGUAAGAUAAUUGACAAGCAUCUUUCUUCCGGAUGGUUAAAAUUUAUUGAACCACUUAGUUAUGAUUAGUUAGAUCAUAUAGUGAAGUUGAUUGCAGAAUUAAACUACACGGCAAUAAACAAGGAAAUAGUUUGUAAUCAAAUCCAAGCACAGGAGGAAAAACUCACUCCCUUAGUCUACUUUUCGCCUUGACUUGUUUCACACACACACCACUACUUCACUAGGCCUACCACCUACCCCCAGCAUUUAACUGGUUUUGUUUAGAACAAAGAUAUAUUAAGAAACAUUAAUAACCACAUUCGCUCAACGUUUCUGUAAAUGCUAAAUACUGUAGUUUUAUAAUCACACUCUAACCCCAAAAUGAAAAGUUUAACCGACUUCUAAAUUAAGUAAUUAAAGAAUAUAAGAAAUUGAGUACAACUGAAGAUGUAAAAUAUUUAAUCCGACAAUGUUUGAAUUAGCUGCCCAGCAAUAUAUCCGUCAACUUAUGUGUGUAUAAAUAUUUUCAAGCUAUUCCCUACUAGUGAAAUAUGUGUGGUGAGCUAGAUGUGCAAUAAUGAAAUGUGCAAUACCUAUAUGUAAGAGAUUGCAGUUUGCAUCGUUGUUAAAUAUUAAAAUAAACCUGAAGCUACCUAUAUGUUAAAAUGCUAGUAACAUGUGGGUGUAUCUGAUUAUUUAUGUAAAACCAUGUCAACUGUGUUCAAAAAUGUAUUUUCUGCUAUACUUGAUUUGACUUGAGGACUGUAUGUAAUAUUGUACAACCUUGUACAUAAAGGAAAUACCACUGAGUUACAUGUAUCUAAAUAAAGUUUUAAUUAGUUAGGCAAUCUAGGAAAGUUUUUUGCUUUUAACAAUAGUACCAAAGUCUUUAGUAUAGGGUAUAUUUGGAAAUCUGGUUCUCACAGGGAGAACAAGAACUAUCUGCUACUGAAAUAAAGAAGUAAGAUACAAAAUUUAUCUGUUUUACAAGUUUGCUUCACUAUAACACAUAACUUAACAUUUUCGCACUGUACCUUUAAGCUUAUUUAUGAAAAAUAAAAAGAACGUUUUUGUACCAUACUUAUGAUUACCAUGAACAUUGACAAUAUACUGAGUGAACAAUCUGUAGUCAAUGUUUAAUGUCUGGCAAUGAAAGAAUGUGCUGUUGACACUGACAUGUACAGGGUGGGGCAUCAUAACUCCCUUUUUUUAAAUGUGCGCCAUUCUGUUUGUUCAUGUCAUAGCCAAGAGCUAGCAGUCUCUUUGGGGGGUGAGGCUAUAAAGUUUUGUCCUUGCAUAGUUUAGUCGCCAUUAUGUUUUGGAACAGUGAGGAGCGUGCGUUUGCUGUUGAUGCCUACUUUUCGAGUGGAUGUUCAGUGAUCGCAGCCCAGUGCGCCUUUUGGAAUCGGUUUAAUUUAGCCCCGUUGGCCCCUGUUCCGAACCGGAAAUCAAUUGAUAUGUGGUUUAAGACGUUUAGACAUACUGAAAGUGCAACAAAACGAAAAACUUGAGUCUCAUGGCCCAUUAGAUCACCUGAGAACAUUGAGGCAGAGAGCUUCAACAUUGAGAGCUUCAAUGUUGCGAUCCAGGGGUGAUUUGCAAUGGCCUGAUAAAUCUUCUGAUUUGUCCCCUUGCGAUUUUUUCAAUGGGUUUUUGAAUUUCCGCGUUUAUGUGGGCCGUCCAAGGACCCUUCAAGAUAAAAAAAACAAGAUCCAGGGAGAAAUUUCCAACAUAACGCCUGCUAUGCUUGAAAGCGUAAUGACACACACCAGAAAUCGGUAUACUCAAUGUAUCUAGAAUGGGGGACGUCACCUGCAUGAUUUAAUCUCCAAAACUACGUAAAACAAAACUUAAGGAAUGUACUUACAUUAUAAAAACCAAAUAAAGUUUGUCUGAUUCAUACAAUGCGUUUUAUUAAACUUUGAAAAAAGGAAGUUAUGCUGCCCCACCCUGUAUAACCAUUCCUGCAAUUCUUUUACACAUGGACAUGGUCUCUUUCACACAUGGAAUGCUGCUAAAAUAAGUAAGAGCAAGUAUUGAAUGAAUCUUGUCAGAAGUUCAAGUUCAUUGGUCAUCAGCUGAAAGCUAAAUAGUUGCAUGGGAAACCCCUCCGACAUCAGUAAGUUGUCAAUGAUCAAAUAAGUCCAUUUGGCAGUGUCAUCUCCUUAAACAAAUGUAUGAACCAGUAAUUUAAACCCUAUUGCUCUGAUACCUUUUUGAACCAUAGGUUGCAAUGCAAAAGUAUAUUUUGCGCUUGUACUUGAAAAAAUGAUUUAGAGAUUUAAGUAUAAUCUAUGAACACUUGAAAUGUUUUCAUCUAGGUAGAUAUAGUAUGGAACAAUUGGCAAUGCAACUGAACCAAUGACUUGUUAAUUACAGUUCUGCAAUAAUACAAAUAUUAGCUCAAAAAAUAUUAUUGAUGCUUGUAAACAAUAAAUUAGUUGCAUUGUUAAAUUGUUUUCCUUCUUGGCACAUAUCAUUAAUUGCUAGUAUUGUUGAAUUUGUUGUAAUCUAUUUGAGAAAUUCAUCAAAUGUUUUGUUAAGUUUGAACUAAUAAUUUUAUUAUAAAUUUAAUUACAUGAGUAGGCUAACUAUACUUUAACAAAUUGUAGGUGUUGUAA